GGUGCGCAAUGUUUACAGUCGGCUUCGCGAGAUUUUUAUUUCGGUGAAUCGAAAUCAGGCAGGACUGCAAAAAUUUGCAAAUUUUAUCAUGCGUAGAUAGUAGUUUAAUUUGAAAUAUGGGCCUCCUCCUGUUUUGAGAAAAUAAUGUAGCGCAGCAUCGUAUAUAUAAGUGAUGACCAAGGUUUUAGAUAAGUAUCAAGUAAAUAGCUAUCAAUUAGAAGAGCAGCAAUGAACAUACACAAUUCGAUGUAUGUGCGCUUCAUAGGCAUUAUCGUGUUGGCUGCUGUAGGAGUCAUAUUCCUGAUCUCAAGUCUUCCCAUUUCCGAUACAUGUAAAUGCGAGAAUCCAGUCGAACGGGAUAUACAACAUGAACAGUUCCAUCGCAGCUUCAAGGAGCUAUCCCCAUCGGAUAAACACAAACUAGCGAUUCUGGUUCCGUUCCGGGACAGGUUCGAUGAGCUCUUGCGAUUUGCACCACACAUAUCAAGGUUUUUGAAUCGUCAACGUGUACCGUUUCACAUUUUUGUACUGAAUCAGAACGAUCGCUAUCGCUUCAAUCGAGCAUCGCUGAUCAACGCCGGGUUUCUUUUGGUGAAGGAUCAAUACGAUUACAUUGCUAUGCACGACGUCGACUUACUUCCGUUGAACGAUAAUCUCAAGUACGAGUACCCUAAAAAUGGACCACUGCACAUCUCCGGUCCAGAAUUUCACCCGAAAUAUCACUACGCCACGUUCAUAGGAGGAAUCUUGCUUCUAAAAAUCGAACACUAUCAAUUGCUCAAUGGAAUGUCCAACAAGUACUGGGGAUGGGGUCUGGAGGACGACGAAUUCUACGUGCGCAUUAAAGAGGCAGGCCUGGAGGUGCACCGACCGAGGAACAUUACAAGUGGACCGGAUGAUACGUUCUUGCAUAUUCAUGACCGUUUGCACCGCAGGAGGGACACGGCCAAAUGUUUUAAUCAAAGGGAAGUGACACGACGAAGAGAUCGUGAAACGGGACUCAAUACCCUUCGGUACAGUCUAGAUAGUCGACGGGAGCUGACGAUUGACGAUGUGCCCGUGACCGUAUUGAACUUAAACCUAGAGUGUGAUAAAUCUCAAACUCCCUGGUGCGAAUGUGAUAGCAAAGGGGAUGCAAAAUCUCGACUCGAAACGAAAUCAAAAUCUUGAAUUUGAUCGUCCGUAAUGGAGUACUUUCAGUUAUCGCAUUUGUGUUCCUCGAAAUCUGGUUUGCUAAAAUUUCAUUUACUCUUCGUUGUUCCUCAGGGGUUGCGAAUUACCUACGUUCGGAAUAUGAUAAAGGCCGUGAAGAAGGUCAUCAUACUGAUAUACUCAUUGAUGUCAUGCACCUGUUAUUUUCAAUAAAUCCAAUUAAGUUUUGAA